AUGGCUGAUUGUUCCAUUAGUCCAACUCCUGCUAGCACAGGCAUUCAACUCAAUAAAAUCGUCAGUAGUGCUUUCAAGAAUGUUUUUAUGUACAGAAGUACCAUUGGAGCUCUUCAGUACUUGACAAUUACAAGACCGGAACUUACUUUCAUAGUAAACAAAUUGAGUCAGUUUAUGCACAAACCUACAGAUAUGCAUUGGAGUUCAUGUAAAUGGGUCUUUCGUUAUUUACAAGGUACUAAAACCUUUGGACUUCAGAUUCGACCCUCUUCUGAUAUUACAAUCUCAGGUUAUAUAGAUAUGGAUUGGGCCUCAAAUGCUGAUGAUAGAAGAUCUACAGGCAGUUAUUGUAUUUUUCUGGGACAAAAUUUAGUUUCUUGGUCCUCAAAGAAGCAACACGUUGUUGCUUGUUCUAGUACUGAAUCAGAAUAUAGAUCUCUGGCUAAUGGUGCCGCAGAAGUUCUUUGGUUACAGUCCUUACUCAAUGAGUUACAGGUUGAGUUAAACAGAGUUCCAGUUAUUUGGUAUGACAAUGUGGAGGUUGGUUAUCUAGCUGAAAAUACGGUUCAUCAUCAACGGAUGAAACAUAUAGAAAUUGAUGCUCAUUUUGUUCGUGAUAGAGUAAUUCAAAAGAAAUUAGAAUUUCGUUAUGUGCCUAGUUUUGAACAAAUUGCAGAUGUCUUAACCAAAGUUCUUCCAUCCUCACAGUUCUUGGUGCUAUGGUGCAAGCUAAAUCUGAAGGCAUCCCUAUUUCGCUUACGGAGGAAUGAUAAAAUAUCUUAA